AUGCCUCUGGUGUUCUGGUGCUGGCAGACUGUGGGCAGUGGGAUCCUGCACUCAUGGCCUCCGGGUCUGGCUCCCAGAUCGGAUCCCAGGACUAGGCCCAUUCUCAGAGGCCCAGACUCAGAGGCCCAGCCUCAGAGGGCCAGACUCAGAGGCCCAGACUCAGAGGCCCAGCCUCAGAGGGCCAGACUCAGAGGCCCAGACUCAGAGGCCCAGCCUCAGAGGGCCAGCCUCAGAGGCCCAGACUCAGAGGCCCAUCUCAGAGGCCCGUCUCAGAGGCCCAUCUCAGAGGCCCGUCUCAGAGGCCCAUCUCAGAGGCCCAGACUCAGAGGCCCAGCCUCAGAGGGCCAGACUCAGAGGCCCAGCCUCAGAGGGCCAGCCUCAGAGGCCCAGACUCAGAGGCCCAGCCUCAGAGGGCCAGACUCAGAGGCCCAUCUCAGAGGCCCGUCUCAGAGGCCCAUCUCAGAGGCCCAGACUCAGAGGCCCAGCCUCAGAGGGCCAGACUCAGAGGCCCAGCCUCAGAGGGCCAGCCUCAGAGGGCCAGACUCAGAGGCCCAGCCUCAGAGGGCCAGCCUCAGAGGCCCAGCCUCAGAGGGCCAGCCUCAGAGGGCCAGACUCAGAGGCCCAGCCUCAGAGGGCCAGCCUCAGAGGCCCAGACUCAGAGGCCCAGACUCAGAGGGCCAGCCUCAGAGGCCCAGACUCAGAGGCCCAGAUUCAGAGGCCCAGACUCAGAGGCCCAUCUCAGAGGCUCAGCCUCAGAGGCCCAUCUCAGAGGCCCGUCUCAGAGGCCCAUCUCAGAGGCCAAUCUCAGAGGCCAAUCUCAGAGGCCCGUCUCAGAGGCCCAUCUCAGAGGCCAAUCUCAGAGGCCAAUCUCAGAGGCCCGAGCCUCUGGACCAGAAGAGAGAGACAUCUGCCAAGGGAGACCGCCUCUGGACCAGAAGAGAGAGACAUCUGGCAAGGGAGACCACCUCUGGCCCAGAAGGGGGCAGCUGA